AUGAAGACGCUGGCAGACGUCAAUCGCGGGGCGUGUGUCUUGCUGGGACACAGUGGAGGUCUAACCUCUGGUUUGCGGAGCGGUCGGGUGUAUUCUCCGCUCGUCCUCACGCCCUCGAGGCCCCCGCCGCCCGACCCAACGGCGGAGCCAGCCAGUGGCUCCCGCGGCGCCCUCCCGCACCGGAUCGCUCCUCGCUGGGGCGGGACCUGGCCCGACGGCUCCGGUCACUAUGGUCAGUGGUCUAAGGGGAAAGCGGGGAAGGACGGGUGGGAAGGGGGCGCGAGUGAAACAUCUUUCAACCUAAUAUCAGAAAAAUGUGACAUUCUAUCAAUUCUUCGGGAUCAUCCUGAAAACAGAAUCUACCAGAGGAAAAUCCAGGAACUCAGCAAAAGGUUCACUGCCAUCCGCAAGACCAAGGGGGAUGGCAACUGCUUCUACCGGGCCUUGGGCUACUCCUACCUGGAGUCUCUGCUGGGCAAGAGCAGGGAGAUCCUCAAGUUCAAAGAGCGUGUACUGCAGACCCCCAAUGACCUCCUGGCAGCUGGCUUCGAGGAGCACACUUUCCGAAACUUCUUCAACGCUUUUUACAGUGUGGUAGAGCUGGUGGAGAAGGACGGCUCCGUGUCCAGCCUGCUGAAGGUGUUCAACGACCAGAGCUUCUCAGACCGAAUCGUGCAGUUCCUGCGCCUGCUGACCUCCGCCUUCAUCAGGAACCGUGCAGACUUCUUCCGACAUUUCAUUGACGAGGAGAUGGACAUCAAAGACUUCUGCGCUCAUGAAGUGGAGCCCAUGGCCAUGGAGUGUGACCACAUCCAAAUCACAGCCCUGUCCCAGGCCCUGAACAUCGCCCUUCAGGUGGAGUACGUGGACGAGAUGGACACGGCCCUGAACCACCACGUGUUCCCCGAGGCUGCCACCCCCUCCGUGUACCUGCUCUAUAAAACAUCCCACUACAACAUCCUUUAUGCAGCCGAUAAACAUUGA